UGGCCACUGUCGGGACAGAGUUUGACCUACGGACAUUGAGGGCGGUUCGUGUGCUGCGGCCACUCAAGCUGGUAUCUGGAAUCCCAAGUUUACAAGUCGUCCUGAAGUCCAUCAUGAAGGCGAUGAUCCCCCUGCUGCAGAUCGGCCUCCUCCUGUUUUUUGCAAUCCUUAUUUUUGCAAUCAUAGGGUUAGAAUUUUAUAUGGGAAAAUUUCAUACCACCUGCUUUGAGGAGGGGACAGACGACAUCCAGAGUGAGUCGCCAGCUCCGUGUGGGACAGAGGAACCCGCCCGCACCUGCCCCAACGGGACCAAAUGUCAGCCGUACUGGGAAGGGCCCAACAACGGCAUCACUCAGUUCGACAACAUCCUGUUUGCUGUGCUCACUGUUUUUCAGUGCAUCACCAUGGAAGGUUGGACUGAUCUCCUCUACAAUAGCAACGAUGCCUCAGGGAACACUUGGAAUUGGUUGUACUUCAUCCCUCUCAUCAUCAUCGGCUCCUUUUUUAUGCUGAACCUUGUGCUGGGUGUGCUGUCUGGGGAGUUUGCCAAAGAAAGAGAACGUGUGGAGAACCGGAGGGCUUUUCUGAAGCUCAGAAGACAACAGCAGAUUGAACGUGAGCUCAACGGCUACAUGGAAUGGAUCUCAAAAGCAGAAGAGGUGAUCCUCGCGGAGGACGAGACAGAUGUGGAACAGAGGCACCCUUUUGAUGCUCUGCGGAGAGCUACUCUGAAGAAAAGCAAGACGGACCUGCUCAACCCUGAGGAGGCCGAGGACCAGCUGGCUGACAUCGCGUCUGUAGGGUCUCCCUUCGCCAGAGCCAGCAUUAAAAGUGCCAAGCUGGAGAACUCAACUUUUUUUCACAAAAAGGAGAGAAGGAUGCGUUUCUACAUCCGCCGCAUGGUCAAAACUCAGGCCUUCUACUGGACCGUGCUCAGUCUGGUAGCCCUCAACACGCUCUGCGUCGCCAUCGUCCACUACAACCAGCCCGAGUGGCUCUCCGACUUCCUCUACUAUGCAGAAUUCAUUUUCUUAGGACUCUUUAUGUCCGAAAUGUUUAUAAAAAUGUACGGGCUCGGGACGCGGCCUUACUUCCACUCUUCCUUCAACUGCUUUGACUGUGGGGUCAUCAUUGGGAGCAUCUUUGAAGUCAUCUGGGCUGUCAUAAAGCCCGGGACAUCCUUUGGGAUCAGCGUGUUACGAGCUCUCAGGUUAUUGCGCAUUUUCAAAGUCACAAAGUACUGGGCGUCUCUCAGAAACCUGGUUGUCUCCCUUCUCAACUCCAUGAAGUCCAUCAUAAGUCUGCUGUUCCUCCUUUUCCUGUUCAUCGUCGUCUUUGCCCUCUUGGGGAUGCAGCUGUUCGGUGGCCAGUUUAAUUUUGAUGAGGGGACGCCUCCCACCAACUUCGACACUUUUCCAGCAGCAAUAAUGACUGUGUUUCAGAUCCUGACGGGCGAGGAUUGGAAUGAGGUCAUGUAUGACGGCAUCAAGUCUCAGGGGGGCGUGCAGGGAGGCAUGGUGUUCUCCAUCUACUUCAUUGUCCUCACCCUCUUCGGGAACUACACCCUGCUGAAUGUAUUCUUGGCCAUCGCAGUGGACAACCUGGCCAACGCCCAGGAGCUCACCAAGGAUGAGCAAGAAGAGGAAGAGGCAGCCAACCAGAAACUGGCACUACAGAAAGCCAAGGAGGUAGCAGAAGUGAGUCCCCUGUCUGCGGCCAACAUGUCCAUAGCCGUGAAGGAACAGCAGAAGAACCAGAAGCCUGCCAAGUCGGUGUGGGAGCAGCGCACCAGCGAGAUGCGCAAGCAGAACCUGCUGGCCAGCCGCGAGGCGCUGUACGGGGACGCGGCUGAGCGCUGGCCCACCUCCUACGCGCGCCCGCUGCGGCCCGACGUCAAGACGCACCUGGACCGGCCGCUCGUGGUGGACCCUCAGGAGAACCGUAACAACAACACCAACAAGAGCCGCGCGCCCGACGCCCUGCGCCCGACUGCGCGCCCCCGCGAGAGCGCGCGCGACCCCGACGUGCGGCGCGCCUGGCCCGGCAGCCCUGAGCGCGCACCUGGCCGAGAGGGCCCGUAUGGCCGUGAGAGCGAGCCUCAGCAGCGCGAGCACGCGCCGCCCCGCGAGCACGCACCCUGGGACGCGGACGCCGAGCGCGCCAAAGUUGGGGACGCGCCCCGUCGCCACGCGCACCGGCCUGGGGCUGAAGGCGAACCUCGCCGACACCGCGCGCGCCGACGGCCCGGGGACGAACCCGACGACAGGCAGGAGCGCAGGCCGCGUCCCCGCGACGCCGCCAGGCCGGUCCGCGCUGCAGAUGGCGAUGGUGGCGAUGAUGGGGAACGCAAGCGGCGACACCGACACGGGCCGCCCGCCCACGACGACAGGGAGCGCCGGCACCGGCGCAGGAAAGAGAACCAGGGCUCCGGGGUCCCCAUGUCUGGUCCCAACCUGUCCACCACCAGGCCAAUCCAGCAGGACCUUGGCCGCCAGGACCUGCCACUGGCUGAGGAUCUUGACAACAUGAAAAAUAACAAGUUGGCCACCGGGGAGCCGGCCAGUCCCCACGACAGCCUGGGCCACAGCGGCCUUCCCCCAAGCCCCGCCAAGAUCGGGAACAGCACCAACCCUGGUCCUGGUCCCACCUUGCCCACCAACCCCCAGAACGCUGCCAGCCGCAGGACGCCCAACAACCCGGGCAACCCGUCCAACCCCGGCCCCCCUAAGACCCCCGAGAACAGCCUUAUCGUCACCAACCCCAGCAGCACCCAGCCCAACUCAGCAAAGACUGCCAGGAAACCCGAGCACAUGGCGGUGGAGAUCCCCCCGGCCUGCCCGCCCCUCAACCACACUGUGGUCCAAGUAAACAAAAACGCCAACCCAGACCCACUGCCAAAGAAAGAGGAAGAGAAAAAGGAGGAAGAGGAGGCAGACUCCGGGGAGGACGGCCCAAAGCCCAUGCCGCCCUACAGCUCCAUGUUCAUCCUCUCCACCACCAACCCCCUUCGCCGGCUGUGCCAUUACAUCCUGAACCUGCGCUACUUCGAGAUGUGCAUCCUCAUGGUCAUUGCCAUGAGCAGCAUCGCAUUGGCCGCUGAGGACCCGGUGCAGCCCAACGCACCCCGCAACAACGUGCUGCGAUAUUUUGACUAUGUUUUUACAGGCGUGUUUACCUUUGAGAUGGUGAUUAAGAUGAUCGACCUGGGCCUCGUCUUGCAUCAGGGGGCCUACUUCCGUGACCUGUGGAACAUUCUGGACUUCAUAGUGGUCAGUGGGGCCCUGGUGGCCUUUGCCUUCACCGGCAAUAGCAAAGGAAAGGACAUCAACACCAUUAAGUCUCUCCGAGUUCUCCGGGUGCUACGACCGCUAAAGACCAUCAAGCGGCUGCCAAAGCUGAAGGCUGUGUUUGACUGCGUGGUGAACUCACUCAAGAACGUCUUCAACAUCCUGAUCGUCUACAUGCUGUUUAUGUUCAUCUUUGCUGUGGUGGCCGUGCAGCUCUUCAAGGGCAAGUUCUUCCACUGCACGGACGAGUCCAAGGAGUUUGAGAGAGACUGCCGAGGCAAGUACCUCCUGUACGAGAAGAACGAAGUGAAGGCCCGGGACCGCGAGUGGAAGAAAUACGAGUUCCACUACGACAACGUGCUCUGGGCCCUGCUCACGCUGUUCACCGUGUCCACGGGAGAGGGCUGGCCACAGGUCCUCAAGCACUCAGUGGAUGCCACUUUUGAGAACCAGGGUCCCAGCCCCGGGUACCGCAUGGAGAUGUCCAUCUUCUACGUGGUGUACUUUGUAGUGUUUCCCUUCUUCUUUGUCAAUAUCUUCGUGGCCUUGAUCAUCAUCACCUUUCAGGAGCAGGGAGACAAGAUGAUGGAGGAGUACAGCCUGGAAAAAAAUGAGAGGGCCUGCAUCGACUUUGCCAUCAGUGCCAAGCCGCUGACCAGACACAUGCCCCAGAACAAGCAGAGUUUCCAGUACCGAAUGUGGCAGUUCGUGGUGUCCCCGCCCUUUGAGUACACCAUCAUGGCCAUGAUCGCUCUGAACACCAUCGUGCUGAUGAUGAAGUUCUACGGAGCCUCUCUGGCCUAUGAAAAUGCCCUUCGAGUGUUCAACAUCGUCUUCACCUCCCUCUUCUCUCUUGAGUGUGUGCUGAAAGUCAUGGCUUUUGGGAUUCUGAAUUAUUUCCGCGAUGCCUGGAACAUCUUCGACUUUGUGACUGUUCUGGGCAGCAUCACAGACAUCCUCGUCACCGAGUUUGGGAAUAAUUUCAUCAACCUGAGCUUUCUCCGCCUCUUCCGUGCUGCCCGACUCAUCAAACUCCUGCGGCAGGGUUACACCAUCCGCAUUCUCCUGUGGACGUUCGUGCAGUCCUUCAAGGCCCUACCAUAUGUCUGUCUGCUGAUCGCCAUGCUCUUCUUCAUCUACGCCAUCAUUGGGAUGCAGGUGUUUGGCAACAUCGGCAUUGAAAUGGAAGAUGAGGACAGCGACGAGGAUGAGUUCCAAAUCACUAAGCACAAUAACUUCCGGACCUUCUUCCAGGCGCUUAUGCUUCUGUUCCGGAGCGCCACAGGGGAAGCGUGGCACAACAUCAUGCUCUCCUGCCUCAGCGGGAAGCCGUGUGACAAGAACUCCGGGAUCACCACAGCUGACUGUGGCAAUGAGUUCGCAUACUUCUACUUCGUCUCCUUCAUCUUCCUUUGCUCUUUCCUGAUGCUGAAUCUCUUUGUUGCUGUCAUCAUGGACAACUUUGAGUACCUCACCCGAGACUCCUCCAUCCUGGGGCCCCACCACCUGGAUGAGUACGUGCGUGUCUGGGCCGAGUAUGACCCUGCUGCCUGCGGCCGCAUUCACUAUAAGGACAUGUACAGUUUAUUGCGAGUAAUAUCGCCCCCUCUCGGCUUAGGCAAGAAAUGUCCUCAUAGGGUUGCUUGCAAGAGACUUCUGCGCAUGGACCUGCCUGUAGCAGAUGACAAUACCGUCCACUUCAACUCUACCCUCAUGGCUCUGAUCAGAACCGCCCUGGACAUCAAGAUUGCCAAGGGCGGAGCUGACAAGCAGCAGAUGGAUGCGGAGCUCCGUAAGGAGAUGAUGGCCAUUUGGCCCAACCUGUCUCAGAAGACCCUGGAUCUGCUGGUCACACCUCACAAGUCCACGGACCUGACGGUGGGUAAGAUCUACGCAGCCAUGAUGAUCAUGGAAUACUACCGGCAGAGCAAGGCCAAAAAGCUGCAGGCCAUGCGAGAGGAGCAGAACCGGACCCCACUCAUGUUCCAGCGCAUGGAGCCUCCAUCUCCAACACAGGAGGGAGGACCCAGCCAGAACGCCCUUCCCUCCACUCAGCUAGACCCAGGAGGAGGCCUGAUGGCUCAAGAAAGCGGCAUGAAGGAGAGCCCGUCCUGGGUGACCCAGCGGGCCCAAGAAAUGUUCCAGAAGACGGGCACCUGGAGCCCAGAGCGAGGGCCACCCAGUGAUAUGCCUAACAACCAGCUCAACUCACAGUCUGUGGAGAUGCGAGAAAUGGGUACAGAUGGCUACUCAGACAGCGAACACUACCUCCCCAUGGAAGGCCAGGCCAGGGCUGCCUCCAUGCCCCGCCUCCCAGCGGAAAACCAGAGGAGAAGGGGCCGGCCACGUGGAAAUAACCUCAGUACCAUCUCUGAUACCAGCCCCAUGAAGCGCUCAGCCUCUGUGCUGGGACCCAAAGCCCGGCGACUGGAUGACUAUUCACUGGAGAGGGUACCACCAGAGGAAAACCAACGGUACCACCAACGCCGCCGGGACCGUGGCCACCGCACCUCUGAGCGCUCUCUGGGCCGCUACACUGAUGUGGACACAGGCCUGGGGACAGAUCUGAGUAUGACUACCCAAUCGGGUGACCUGCCCUCCAAAGAUCGGGACCAGGACCGGGGCCGGCCGAAGGACCGGAAGCAUCGGCCGCACCACCACCACCACCACCAUCAUCAUCAUCCCCCGGCCCCGGACCGGGAGCGCUACGCACAGGAGCGGCCGGACACAGGCCGGGCGCGGGCCCGGGAGCAGCGCUGGUCCCGCUCGCCCAGCGAGGGUCGGGAGCACGCGACACACAGACAGGGCAGUAGUUCCGUCAGUGGAAGCCCAGCCCCCUCUACGUCCGGCACCAGCACGCCCCGGCGCGGCCGCCGCCAGCUCCCCCAGACCCCCUGCACCCCGCGGCCGCUUGUGUCCUACUCGCCCGCUCCGCGCAGGCCAGCGGCGCGCAGGAUGGCGGGUCCUGCAGCGCCCCCUGGCGGCUCGCCGAGGGGUUGCCGCCGUGCGCCGCGCUGGCCUGCGCAUGCGCCUGAGGGCCCGCGGCCGCGCGGCGCCGACUACACCGAGCCCGACGGCCCCCGCGAGCAGCCAGGGGGCGCGCACGAGCCCGCGCCGCGCUCGCCCAGGACUCCGCGCGCCGCGGGCUGCGCGUCACCGCGCCACGGCCGCAGGUUGCCCAAUGGCUACUACGCGGGGCACGGCGCGCCGCGGCCGCGCACAGCCCGCAGGGGCGCGCACGACGCGUACAGCGAGAGCGAGGACGACUGGUGCUAA